GUCAUAGAAGAAGAAGCAGAAGCAGAAGAAGAAGAGUGUGCGGAUCAACGCUGUCUGUGUUUUUACAAACAAUAAAGUUAUAAAUGACAAUAUCAAAACAGCGAAAGUGACAUACAAAGAAGAGAAGCGGCUGCUACACGUUUUGCAAAAAUGAAGCUCAACAUCGAGGGUCUGCUGGUGUAUUUCCCGUAUGACUACAUAUAUCCGGAGCAGUACUCCUACAUGCUGGAGCUGAAGAGGACUCUGGAUGCCAAGGGCCAUGGAGUCCUGGAGAUGCCUUCAGGAACAGGGAAGACCAUCUCUCUGCUGUCUCUCAUCGUUGCCUACCAGAAGACCUUUCCUUUGGAAGUGACCAAGCUAAUAUACUGCUCCAGAACAGUUCCCGAGAUUGAGAAGGUUGUGGAGGAGCUGAGGAAGUUGAUGGAGUUUUAUUCCAAGCAAACUGGAGAGAGCAACAACUUCCUGGCUUUGGCUCUUUCCUCCAGAAAAAACCUCUGCAUCCACCCGGAGGUGAGUGCCCUGCGCUUCGGGAAGGAGGUUGAUGGGAAGUGCCACAGCCUGACGGCGUCGUACAUUCGCGCACAACGCCACGGCGACCCCGACAUGCCUGUGUGUCGCUUCUAUGAGGAGUUUGAUGCAGUCGGACGACAGGUGCCUCUUCCUGCUGGCGUCUACAACCUCGACGACCUGAAGGACUUUGGCAGGAGGAAAGGCUGGUGUCCUUAUUAUCUGGCACGCUACUCUAUCCUGCAUGCCAACAUUGUUGUAUACAGCUACCACUACCUGCUGGACCCCAAGAUAGCUGACCUGGUGUCCAAAGAGCUGGCCAAGAAGUCCGUAGUGGUGUUUGACGAGGCUCAUAAUAUAGACAAUGUGUGCAUCGACUCCAUGAGUGUGAACAUCACCAGGCGAACACUUGACCGCUGCCAUACCAACGUGGACACUCUUCAGAACACAAUACAAAAGAUAAAGGAGACGGACGCUGUUAAACUGAAGAUGGAGUACAGGCGAUUGGUGGAGGGACUGAAGGAAGCUAAUGUUGCCAGGGAAACAGACGUCUACCUUGCAAAUCCAGUGUUACCUGAUGAAAUUCUGAAAGAGGCGGUCCCCGGCAAUAUUCGCACAGCAGAGCACUUUGUUGGUUUCUUGAAACGUUUCCUGGAGUAUCUGAAGUCCCGUCUGAGGGUCCAACACGUCGUACAGGAGAGCGCCCCGCAGUUCCUCAAAGACAUCUUCGACAAAGUCUGCAUCGACCGCAAGCCUCUCAGGUUUUGUGCAGAGCGGUUACAGUCACUACUACGAACUCUGGAGAUUGCCGACAUCGCCGAUUUCUCAGCCGUUACUCUCAUCUCCAACUUUGCCACCCUGGUCAGCACCUACAGCCAAGGUUUCACAAUAAUCAUUGAGCCCUUUGAAGACAGAACUCCAACCAUUGCCAACCCUGUGCUGCACUUCAGCUGUAUGGACCCGUCUAUUGCCAUCAAACCUGUUUUUCAGAGAUUUCAGUCGGUCAUCAUCACCUCGGGGACUCUCUCUCCGCUGGACAUCUAUCCCCGAAUCCUUGAUUUCCGUCCUGUUACCAUGGCAUCCUUCACCAUGACGCUGGCACGGACCUGCCUCUGUCCUCUGAUUGUUGGCAGGGGAAAUGAUCAGGUGGCCCUGAGCUCCAAGUUUGAGACCAGAGAAGACUUUGCUGUGAUUCGUAACUAUGGAAACCUACUUCUAGAGAUGUCUGCGAUCGUUCCCGACGGCAUCGUGGCAUUCUUCACCAGCUACGUCUACAUGGAGAAUAUAGUGGCGUCUUGGUAUGAACAGGGUAUCCUGGAGAAUAUCCAGAGAAACAAGCUGAUCUUCAUUGAGACUCCGGAUGCUGCAGAGACGAGCAUGGCCCUGGAGAAAUACCAGGAGGCAUGUGAGAACGGCAGAGGAGCAAUCCUCCUGUCUGUGGCCAGGGGAAAGGUGUCUGAAGGAAUAGAUUUUGUGCAUCAUUUUGGGCGUGCUGUCAUCAUGUUUGGAGUGCCGUAUGUUUACACGCAGAGCCGCAUCCUAAAGGCUCGUCUGGAGUACCUUCGGGAUCAGUUUCAGAUCAGAGAGAAUGACUUUCUGACAUUUGACGCCAUGCGUCACGCAGCCCAGUGUGUGGGCAGAGCCAUCAGAGGAAAGACCGACUACGGACUCAUGAUCUUCGCUGACAAGCGUUAUGCCCGAGCAGACAAACGUGGGAAGCUUCCUCGCUGGAUACAGGAACACAUCAAUGACGGCAGCCUGAACCUCACCGUGGACGAGGCCGUCCAGCUGUCCAAGCACUUCCUGCGGCAGAUGGCUCAGCCUUUCAGACAGGAGGAUCAGUUGGGUCUCUCUCUGUUGACUCUGGAGCAGCUGGAGUCAGAAGAGAUGUUGCAGAAAAUUGCUAAGAUCGCUCAUCAGACCUGAAGGUGUAAUGUAUGCACCGUCAACACCCAUGAUGGGGUCAGAACCCGUUAACAAUGAUGUCAAAUAGCAGAUGCAACUUAAUUAAA